GCAGAGACAUGAAGACUUCAUUUAGAGCUAUGUGAAGCCAAGAUGAUCAUUUAGGUCUCCACAUCAGAUUAACUCAACAAACUCACCAGUCAUAGACCUGAACAUCAGAGAGUCAACCAUGGAGAGUCCUUCUUCAAACUCAGUCCAAAGACUUCUCGUCUUCCUUCUGUGUCUCCAGCUUCUUCAUCACCCUUCACUGGCUUACUCCCUGAAAAACUGCACCUUUGAUUUUACUUUGCAUGGCUUGGCUGAAGUUCAUCUGGACUGCUCUUUCCGUAAACUUGUCUCUGUCCCUGAUGACAUCCCUAAAGAUGCAUACUGGGUAAAACUCUUAAACAAUCAGAUCAAACAGAUCAAAAGAGAUGAUUUUGGGAAUUUCACACAGUUACGUGUUCUGAACCUGCAUAAGAAUUUGAUUUCUCAUGUAGAUGGUGGAUCCUUCAUCGAUUUGGUGUCAUUGACAGUACUCCACAUGGGGUUUAAUAAUCUCACACAUCUGACGAGUAACAUCUUUCAGGGACUGUCAAACCUCACUUUGUUGGACCUCCAUGAAAACAGCAUUACUUUUAUUCAUGGCUUGGCCUUUCACUUCCUGACCAGCUUACAAACUGUCAUCCUAGACUCCAACAAGUUACAAAAGGUUUCCGACAUACAGCCAAUUCUAAUUCUACCACACAUACAUAAACUGAGCAUCGCAGAGAAUCUGUUCUCCACCUUUGAGUCUAAAGAUCUGAAUCUGAAUGGGUCGUCAAGCCUGAGAGAGUUAGAUGUUGAAGGUAAUGCCCUCAGCAGAUUCAGCAUCACAACACCUAUCUUCCCUCAUCUUCACACGAUAAACCUUGACUGAUGUGUUAAAAUUACUCAAUUUAAAUGGGACAUCCCUGAUAAGUCUUUCCUGAGGAACAUAACUCAACUGGAUUUCAGUCACUCAGAUGCUUUUGUAGAAAUCCAAAUAGUCCUGCAGAGUCUCGACUCACUACGACAAUUUAAACUUCAUUUUAUGAAGGGAUUGAUCAACAAAGAACUGUUGGCCUCUAUCUGCAGAGUACCAACACUUCAGAUCCUGGAUCUGUCUUACAAUGAUGAUGCAAACUUCAGUGCCAAACUUGGAGUUUGCUGUCAACUCAAGGAACUUUACUUGAGUAGUACUGGUAUGUCUAACAUGCCAAAAGGCGCAAUAGAAAUGAUGAAGCAACUAAGGUCAUUAGAUCUACACCUUAAUUUUCUCACCAAGGUGCCAGAGGACAUCAGAAGCCUCUCCUCCCUCAGGGUCCUCAGACUUGAUUUCAACCGAAUCUCUGAGUUGAGCUGUGAGGAUUUUGAAAACACAUCCAGCCUCAGGGAGCUUUACAUGUUUAAAAACCGCAUUGCCAAACUGGACAGGUGUCCCUUCCAACAUCUCAACAGCCUCAGGGUUUUAGAUUUGAGUUAUAAUCUGCUGUUGACAUUUGGAGACACCUUCAAAUUUAGCCUGAAGAACCUUCAGACAUUGAAUUUGAGAAAUCACUUUGUAAUUCGCUUUAAAAGGGGUGAGUUUGAGAGUUUAGGGUCCCUUAAACAGAUGGAUUUGAAAUCUAAUGACAUUUUAGGGGUAGACCUUGGAGCAUUUGAUGGUUUGUACAACCUGACAAGUCUAACUGUAUCACUUCCAAAUUUUUUUAGAAGUAACUUCCAGGCUUUACAUCAAAUAAAGGAUCUAACAAUCACUUUCCCUUUAACAUCGGUUUUAAAAAGUCACCAUGAAAACCUCAAGAGUUCUCUCUUUAAUUUAACAUCACUGAAAAAGCUGAACAUGGUGUUCUAUGAUAAUCACCAUGGAUUCACCAUUCCAACUCACAUAGAGAUAAUCAAAUCUGCAAGACUUGUAGAGGAAUUAACAGCUGAGAACAUUUUCUUUUCAACACCAAGUCCAGACACAUUCCAGUCUUAUUCUCAGCUGAGAAGUUUGAGAAUCACACAGUCUGACUUGUCUGAUUUGGGUCCUGAACUGUUCUGGCCAAUCCCACACCUGCAGACACUGGAUCUAUCUAACACUAAACUAAAGUCUCUGGAUUUUUUGGCCCAGGCCAACCUGUCUGCACUCAAAUACUUGUUUCUCAGGGACACUGGUAUAACAGCGAUCGAUGAUGACAUCUUCCAGUCCCUCCCAGCUCUUCUUUAUGUGGACCUGAGGAAAACCCUUUUGGCCUGUGACUGCUCCAAUGCUGGCUUCAUCCAGUGGGUGAAGAGCAACAACCAAACUCUGGUAGAUGGCGCCCAUGACUACAUCUGUUCCUCUCCUCUGAUCAAACAGGGAACCAAGGUGUUGGACUUUGAUGUCCAGUCCUGUUGGAUGGACGUUGGCUUCCUCUGCUAUAUCUCCAGCUCUUGUCUGGUGGUGUUAACUCUCCUCACCUCUUUCAUCUACCACUUCCUGAGGUGGCAGAUGGUCUAUGCCUUCCUCCUCUUCCAGGCCUUCUUUUAUGACAGCAGGAAGAGGAGGAGAGGAGCCCCUCACCUCUACGAUGCCUUCAUCUCCUACAAUGUUGAGGAUGAGGCCUGGGUCUACAGAGAGAUGCUUCCAGUGCUGGAGGGAGAGCAGGGCUGGAGACUGUGUCUGCACCACAGAGACUUCCAACCAGGUAAACCUAUCAUAGAGAACAUCACAGACGCCAUCUACAGCAGCAGGAAGACCAUCUGUGUGAUCAGCUGGAGCUACCUGCGGAGCGAGUGGUGCUCCAGAGAGAUCCAGAUGGCCAGUUUCCGUCUGUUUGAUGAGAAGAAGGACGUGUUGAUCCUGCUGUUUCUGGAGGAGAUGCCCUCUCAUCAGCUGUCUCCGUACUACCGUAUGAGGAAGCUGGUGAAGAAACGCACCUACCUGAGCUGGCCACAGGCUGGACAACACAAGGGAGUCUUCUGGCAGAACGUCCGGAGGGCUCUGGAGACGGGAGAGUCCACCAGAGACAAUGUGAAUCUUCUGACUGGACCAGAGGGAUUCCUGAACAUUCCUGAACCUGUGAGCUGAAAUACAGGAGAAUCUAAGAGAUGCUAAUGGAGACUUUUAAUCCGAAAGGAUCAGACAAUGACAAUAAAGACCAGACAUCUGAUUCCACUGAAGAUAAAUGAAUGAAUGAACAAAUGCAUUAAAGCUAAGUAAGUUUAAAAAAAUAGCUAAAAGCAGCUUUUGCAUGUAUGUUUUAGAGCAGCAUUAUCAAACUGAUAUAGUGACUAAAGUGGAAAAAAGUGAUUGAGGCAUAUGAACAUACAUUUCAAUUUCUGAGAGAGGAAGGAUGUGAUGGAAGCCACUGCAAGGGGGUAAAAACUGUUCCUGAGUCUGUUGGUUUUAGCUUUUAUUGUCCUAAACCGCUUACCAGAGGUCAGCAGGUCAGACAGGGACUGUCCAAGGUGUGUACUGUCCUUCAUUAUACCGACAGCCCUCCUCUCCAUCCUGGUGGUGUACACUGAGUUGUAGCUCUAUCCCAACAAUGGGUUGAGCUGCUCCCAGCACACUGUGCAGGUGUUUCCUCUCUGCAGCAGCGCAGCUGGUGUACCACACAGUCAUACCUGUCAUACAGGUGUCAGAUUAGUUGCUCUUGAGUUGUUUCAGCCAUUGUGGAUUUCCCCUGUUUCUGGUAGUGGCUUUUCCACAAUACCAGUUUGCUGAGUACAAUAAAUAAUCCAUGAGGGUCACUCUAGGAAAUGUUUAUGUUCACAUUCAGAGAGGUCCAUUCACUCAUUCUGUCUGUUCACACUGACAACUCAAUGGUAGAAUUAAUAGACCAUCAGACCAUCAAAUAAUGUCCUAGUGCUCCUGAUGUACAGCCAACAUCUGAAAAUAGAGCAAUUCAGAGUUCUUAACAGUUAAAUACACAGCACUGAGAACAACUUUAAUUAAUAAGAAUAGCAUGCAACACAUGUUAAAAUAAAAGCCCACAACCACUGAUUUCACUACUUUUAAAAGUAAAACUGCAAACAAAACUUCAUUUUAGGCCUUAAUAUUUCCCUGAGAACAUACAAAAUAUCACAGACACCUACCGCCACGUCUUGGUCUGCACUGGUAGUAUGACGUCACUUGGCUAGAGUGCUCCUUGUCGUUGCUGUGUCUUAACUCUGUUUCAGACUGGCAGCCAGUGUUAGGGCUACAGCUCUCACAUGCCGUAGAGACACUGCAUGGAGAAUUUUGAGA